CCUCCAUCAGUGCUGCAGCUCAGGCACCGGAGUCUUACUGAGGGGGCGGGGACUGUUCCGAUGCAGAGGGAUGCUCCGCAGCCCCACGCUGGACCAACCAGUCUGGAAAUCCCUGCUCGCAUCCACACAGCACGCGCAUAUACACACACACUCACACACGGACACGCUGACUGGCACCGACUCCCUCAAACUCCCAGCAUCUGUGCUCCAUCCCUCCUCUCCUCUCCUGUCUGUCCCCGGUCUCCUCUCUUGUCCUCUCUCACUGUGUCUCUUAUCGCCGCUCCGUCAGCUGCAGCUCUGACUCACUCAGCUCUUCUUUUCCCAAUUUGAGCCAGCGAGACCCGGGAACAUGUCCUCCAACCUGACCUCCGGGAACUCAGCCGGGGGCACAGGGGCCAAAAACAAGCCCUUGUCUCCCUUCAGGAAGAGGGGAAGCCUGCAGUACACAGCCAGCACAGUUGAUCUCCGUGGUACCCGCCACCUCCUCACUUCCCAGCAUUCCCUGCCUGGGAUCCCUGUGGCCUUGAAACAAUCCAUUGACCUACGGACUUCCAUGGAUGGAAAAUACAAGGAGAUUGCCGAAGAGCUGUUCUCACGCAGCCUGGCAGAGAGUGAGAUGCGGAGCGCCCCCUAUGAAUUUCCAGAGGACAGCCCCAUUGAACAGCUGGAGGAGAAACGCCAUCGCCUUGAGCGACAGAUCAGCCAGGAUGUCAAGUUUGAACCUGACAUCCUCCUACGAGCUAAGCAAGAGUUCAUGAAGACUGACAGUGCCUCAGAUCUUGAAUACAUGAAGGAGCAGAGCCAAAUUCCUGACCUGCAGGAGAGAGAACCGGUCCCUGAGAGGGAGUACCAGCGAGUCACUAUUUCUGGAGAAGAGAAAUGUGGGGUUCCAUUUACAGAUCUGCUGGAUGCUGCCAAAUGUGUAGUGAAGGCUCUGUUCAUCAGGCAAAAGUACAUGGGGCUGUCGCUGCAGAGCUUCUGCAGAACCACUGCUCGUUACCUGCAGGAGCUGAGUGAGAGACCCCUAGACUUAGAUAUCUAUGAGGAAGAGAUCCCAGAAACUACGGUCACUGCAAAUGCCACAGUGCACCCACCUGUUUCUAAAACACACCCCUAUGAGAACGUGGACCCUGCCAGCAUGCCCCCUGAUAUGGGUUACGGCUGUAAGAUGGUGGAUGGUGUUAUGCACUUGUACACGACGAGGAACACUAUGGAUAAGACCACAGAGCUGGAUCUGCCGUAUCCAGACCUGCAGGAGUACAUCGCUGAUAUGAACGUCAUGAUGGCUCUCAUCAUAAAUGGACCAGUAAAGUCCUUCUGCUAUAGACGUCUGCAAUACCUCAGCUCCAAAUUCCAGAUGCACAUCCUGCUCAAUGAGAUGAAAGAGCUGGCAGCACAGAAGAAAGUCCCACAUCGAGACUUUUAUAAUAUCCGUAAGGUUGACACGCACAUUCAUGCUUCCUCUUGUAUGAACCAGAAGCACCUUCUACGUUUUAUCAAAAGAGCCAUGAAGAAGUAUCCCAAAGAGAUUGUACACAUGGAAAGAGGCAAGGGUCAGACAUUGAUGGAGGUGUUUGAGAGCAUGAACCUUACAGCCUUUGACCUGAGUGUUGACACACUGGACAUGCAUGCAGAUCGUAACACUUUCCACCGAUUUGACAAAUUCAAUGCCAAAUAUAAUCCCAUUGGUGAGUCCAUCCUGAGAGAGAUCUUCAUCAAAACGGACAACUACAUUGAGGGGAAAUACUUUGGUCACAUUAUUAAGGAGGUGAUGGCCGACUUGGAGGAGAGCAAGUACCAGAACGUGGAGCUCAGGCUGUCAAUCUACGGCCGCUCCAGAAACGAGUGGGACAAACUGGCCAUAUGGGCAGUCAAACAUCAGGUCUACUCCGACAACGUGCGCUGGCUUGUCCAAGUGCCACGACUCUUUGACGUCUACCACACGAAGAAACAGCUGUGCAACUUCCAAGAAAUGCUGGAGAAUAUCUUCAUGCCUCUGUUUGAGGUUACGGUCGACCCCAGCAGCCACCCAGAGCUGCACCUCUUCCUUCAGCACGUUGUGGGGUUCGACAGCGUGGAUGAUGAAUCAAAACCAGAGCAACAUAUCUUCAACCUGGACAGUCCGCUCCCAGUCAACUGGACAGAAGAGGACAACCCGCCCUAUUCCUACUACCUCUACUACAUGUAUACAAACAUGACUGUGCUGAAUCACCUGCGCAGGCAGCGGGGCUUCCACACACUCGUCCUACGUCCUCACUGUGGCGAGGCGGGGCCGAUCCAUCACCUGGUUUCUGGUUUCAUGCUGUCCGAGAAUAUCUCCCAUGGGCUGCUGCUCAGGAAGGCUCCUGUGCUGCAGUAUCUAUACUACCUAGCCCAGGUAGGCAUCGCCAUGUCUCCUCUCAGCAAUAACAGCCUGUUUCUCAGCUACCAUCGUAACCCUCUACCAGAGUACCUGUCCAGAGGCCUCAUGGUCUCCCUGUCUACAGAUGACCCUCUGCAAUUUCACUUUACCAAGGAGCCAUUGAUGGAAGAGUACAGCAUUGCUGCUCAAGUGUGGAAACUGAGCUCCUGUGACAUGUGUGAGCUUGCCAGAAACAGUGUACUGAUGAGUGGAUUUUCUCAUAAGGCAAAGCGUUACUGGCUGGGCCCAAACUACAUUAAGGAGGGACAGGAAGGCAACGACAUCAGGCGAACCAACGUUCCUGACAUCCGUGUGGCGUACCGAUACGAGACCAUGUGUGAGGAGUUAAAUUUAAUCACACAGGCCAUUCACACAGAUGAGCUGGAGACCAUCAGAGAGGAGGGAAGCCUUUGUAUGGGAGCUGUGCAGGCGGAGAAGUGACCAUGCUGAACAACACAAACAAAAUUCUCACCACAUUCCGUGUUUUUACAUCAGGACAUUGCACAGAUUUACAUAUAAACAUAUCACAUCAUGGAAAAAGAGAAAAGCUACGCUAUAGGAAGAUAAUGAGAGCUGCUAGUAGCCAAUAUCAGAGAGAGAAUUUACAGUCUGUGUGCCCAAGGUGUUUGCUUCUUUCUUUAUUUUAUCACAGUAAUUAGAAUUUCAUGACAUCUCUUGUUCUUUAUUUUGUUUUGUUUUUUUAAUGGUUGGUGACCAUGUUGUGUCAUAUUUACAUGUUGGUACAAUGUAAUUCUUCCUGUAUCAGAUUUGAGCAACGUUCACAUUCAAAAUUUUAUCAAACUCAUAAAAAAAUACACUGGAUCCAACAAAGAAAGAAGACAACCUAACUCCAGGGUAACUCCAUAAAGGUCUGGAGCUGAUACAGAGGACACUAAGGUCCCGCUCUUUGAGGCCUUUCUUAACUAAACCAAGAUCAACUGUUUUGAGCAUCCAUAAAAAGUUUAAACUAUUAACAAAGAAGAGCGCACAGAAACUAUCCAACUAUGUCUCAAAAGUAAGGCGGGUGUUCAAGGCACCAGUAAUGCAGGCCAUACAAAGGAUAUAUGGAUGAGUGGAAAUGUAGUGAAGAGUGUUGUGUAAGUUCCCAUGGAGAGUAAACUAAAGUUGACUAUAUAGACGUGGAAGGCUGCCAGAGAAAUGGAGCAGAUGAACUCCCGGGCUUUUAUAACCUGAAAUAACCUGAACCUUAAACUUAAACUUAAGCAAAACACCAUACAGCAAGAAUUCACAUUACCUUUAGAGCAACAAAAUAAACUAUGCCUCUGCAGUCACAGUGAUACCUGAGGAAAGAGUUAAACACUAGCGUGGACUCAAGGACAAACUGAUUAGAAUUCAGUGGUCAAAGAUUAACGUCAUCGUGACUUCACAAAUUCAUUUUUUUGGUCAGACUAGUGACACUAGUCCUUUGUAUUCACUUUUAAAUUACUUCAAAAUCUUUACAACUCUUAUUUUUUCCCAUAUUAUUUUCUAUAUCUCUUAUUACCUCAUUUUGCCCCUAAAUUGUAGAAGUCUAUCUCAUGAUAAAGACAGAGGCAAAGCUAGAAUUUCUUGGCCUGUGGUAAACAAAUAUCAGAGAACUAAUUAGGUCGGUUAUUUUCCACACCCUCCAAAGGCCUGAAUGAUGCUUAAGUCCCAUUUUUCUCUGUGCACACACCCACAGUAUUAGUAAAUCAAAUUUGCAUCUACAGACUGUGGUUUGUGUAACAAGUUGAGCUGCAGCAGUCAUGUCCUUUUUAUGAGCAGGUGAUUGAUUUUGACUGAAUGGGGUCGCACGUGUUUCCAGUCACACUAAAUGAAUUAUUAUUGGGUUAUUUGAGACUUAGAUGUUCAAAUUAUUUUGACUUGAGUGUUUCAUGGCAAAUUAUUUUGUAGCUCCUAGUCUAGUCAGGGGGUUUUGAUCUGUUUAUAGUGAGUCUGUUAGAGUUUAUUAAAAGUUUAAACUGCUCCAGUAACAUUUUUUGUUUCCUUGUAGAAAAGGAAUUCACCCCGAGCAGACAGAAACUUAAAAUGCUAACACACCCAUUCCUAAAUCAACAGUCAAAUAAAUCACAAAUAUAACUUAUUGUUUAAUAGUUUUUGAAAUCGUGACAUUUACUAAAUCAUGACAUUUGCAGCGAAUCGGUUCAGCAUCCAGUACAACAGCCUUUUAAUAAUGUCCAUAGUAAAAAUGGCGAAAGUGGUUGAAUUGUUGUGGGUAUAUGGUUGACAUUUCUGCUAUAAUUACCCACAGGACCUUAUGCAGGGUAACUAGCUUAAAAAGUCUCAGUCUUCAGAUAGUUUUACUGUUAUUUUAGCAGUCGUUUCAAUGACUCAGUGCAGUGAGGGCACAUAAGCAUUUGUGUGCAGUGAUGCUUCUCAUUUGUAUUAUACUCCUAGUUUGUGACAUUGUUUCUGGCAGUCUAAACUUAAUUGUGGUACCAUCUGUCCUUUACAUUAAGUUAUUUCUGAGUAAUAGUACAGUGAGUGGUGCAUGCUGAUCCCCUCCCUCAAUGUUUCCUCCUUGCACAAGUUCAACCAUUGCCAAAUCCACAAAAAGUCAUUUUUAUACAGAACUGAGAAUCUGCUAACUUGACAAACUCCUGCCUUCAGUUUAGGUCCUGCUGUCAUCAAAAGGCUGCUUGUUGCUAUUUCAAAAGCACCGUGUGUCCUCCCACAGAAACGUGUGUGCUGUUUGUAAAAUGUUCAGUAAUGCUGUUUGUGUCUGUAAAAAAUAAAUCUUAUUUGAAUUGGA